AUGGCAGUCUUCAUGGACGACAGUCUUCAUGCACGUGGUGAUUUCAUGUUGGUGAUUUCUAACGUCAAGAGCAACUUUACCUUGGCCUGUCAGGAAAUGGCGAUCGGGCCACGCGAGGUGGCGGUCCUGCACGUCCUCUUUGCUGCCAUCUUCACCACUGUUGUGGCCACCGUUCGGCCAACAUACUGGCAAGACAACUGCCAAACACUGUCCACGGAAGUUGAUAUUGUAAAGAACAUUGUAGCCGAGGUUAACGGUCAGAGGUUACCGGUCAGCUGCGUUGCCAGGUUAACGGUGAACAAAUGUGAGGGCGUCUGUGAAUCAGUCUUGUCUCCAAGCGUACAUCACUACCCCUUCAAGAAGGACUGCCGUUGUUGUCGCGAGGGAGAACAAGCACAGAGACGCAUCGUGAUGCAGGAAUGUUACGGCGAGGACGGCAAUCUCAUGCCCCAUCUCCAUCCGACAACGACGAUCAAGGAUCUGCGCAACUGUGGCUGUUUCCGGUGUGAAAACUGAUACAAACUGGUUUGUGUUGGCGGUGGACUGCAUCCGGUUUCAGUUUGAAAAAUUAGAAUUCCGAUUCAUCCUAGUCAACCGACAAACUGUCUCAAAGGAACCAGGUUGCCCGAUUUGUGUCCGGGACUGCUGACUGACUUAAGCUGCUGUUCCUAUUUCAGCGAUAUCUGAUGGACUCGAUCACCAUCAGAGAUGAGAAAGGCUGUUCCCUUAUGUGGUUGUGACCCGGAUGUCUGCGUCUCAACUGGAACCGGUUUCCUACUUGGAGAGAAGAGAUCGUAUGGAUUGACUUCGGUUAAACUUGACCAGGAUUCAUUUUAAGCCUCUUGAUGUGUCUACUCCCAGUGUGAUAAUAUUUAUAUAAA